AUGACCCGAACUCUUGUUCAAAGGUCCUUCAUUCGAAGAAGAGCCCCAUUUACAAAUAUUGGCCAUUGCGUACCGUUUAUCCUGAGAAACUCCAGGAACGCUUUUCAAUAUGUGCCGAGAUCGCCAUAUUCUACUGGCAGAGAUGCGGUGGCCCCAGGGAUAUCUGAAUACUCCUUGAGGAGCUUGAGGAAAGAUAAAGAAUCGAACUUUACGUCUACAGAUACAAACUACGUUCCCGUAAGGGAAUGGCAGAAAUCGAAAGUAUGGAACAAAAUAUUCAGCCCAUACUAUGACCCCAAAAAGUUUCAACCUUUGCGCCUGCUAAGUACCCCUGUGCCGCUUUGGGAUAUUGCGCCUGGCUGUCUUCUGUUUCUUCCUGGUGUAAGCAAGCUGGACCCCCGGGCCCGCGCAGAACUCGAAAAAUAUGGCAAUAUUGGCAUGGCUGGCCAUCCUGUCGUGGUUUUGGCAGUUGAUAUGAAAGGAGUUAAUGAAGCUUCAGUUGCUGUAGCAAUAGUUAGAUCUUACUCCCAACAUAAAGAUGAGUGUCGAUAUCUCGGAUUGGACUGGUUCGAUACCAAACACUUCGAAAUACAACAGAGAGGCAACCACGACUUACCUCCACGGCUCGAGCACAAUAUAAAAAUUGUACGGCUAUACAAAACCCCUUGUUCGAAUUCUUCGAAUUCAGUACGACAAUUUGUUCAAACAAGCGCCAUAAUCACUGUUCCUUUCCAAUCGUUGUUGACAGAAACCAGAUGGGACCCAUUAACUCAUUGGUGGCCUUCAUCCUGUCUUAAUGGUUGGGGUAGAAGGAUCAUAAAGGAAGAUUUUAUGCACAUCGCUGCUACUAUUGGCUUCAACCCAGAUCCAUGGGUUAGCAGUGGCCCAUACAUGUGGAGGGAUUUUGUUCAGAAGACUGGGAUCAACACAUUUGGUCUUGAUAUUGAGGAUCCUGCGCUAUACGAUGAGAAAGCCUUUUACCAGCAAAUGUGGGAAGAGGGACGAGAAAAAUAUAAUAAGCACUUCAAAUUACCUUCAAAUUACCCUUCGAGCGCCAAUGAUUAUUCGCCUUUGGGGUGGGCUUUCGAUCGUAUGCCGCAUACAGGGCUCAUACGCAGGAGAGUUCACGCUGUAAGGUCUUCUACCUAUAAAAGAUUUCGCCUCGAUAUUCCAGCUACACCCCAUACCUCUACUCAAGUUUAA